UUUAAAAGAGAAAAAGAAAUGCCUUACUUCUCAAUUCAAAUUAUUAGGCGAACAAAAAGAGACCACAUGUGUUUUUUUUUUUUUAAUAAUAAAAGAAUAACUCGUAUAACCGCCCAAUCGAAGAAAAUAACUAAUUUUUUAAAAUACCGUUAUGAAAAUGGAUUCAGUAAAUAAAAUCCCAUAAGCAAGAACCACCAUUUAAUUAGCACAAAACUGAAUUGGCAUCCGUUAAUUUCUCUCCACUAUUGUAUUUUUUUUCUUUUAUCUUCCAUUGUUAAACAAAACACAUCAGAAAUCUUGCUUAAUGUUUUCUUGGGAAUCAAUCAGAAAAUCUCUACCUUCCAUCCACCGAGUUGUCAUCACAACAACUCAGCGGCUCCAUUCUCCGCCAUUUUUCAACCAAACUCGAUGCUUAAUCUCAUCUUCCUCUUCUUUGAGCUCCCAUAAUGAUGGUAACAAUAAGACUAAGUUGUUUUCUUCAGAUCGAUUUUUGAGAUCAAUCUCUUCUGGUGUUGUGAUUCUUGGAUUCACCUUUAGCCUUUUUUAUUACUCUUCUCCUUCCCCGGAUUCGAAUCCCUUCAGUCCUUUUGAUGAUGACUCUAAUGAGACUGGCGAGAUCGAGGAGGAAGAGGCUCAGUUUCAAGAAUCAAGACAUGAAAAGAACUCUAUUUUCCUCUUUAAAGAGGCAUAUAGGAAAAGGGUCUUCUUCAAGUAUGAGAAACGGAUAAGGAUGCAAAGCCCUCCUGAAAAGGUUUUUGAGUACUUUGCAUCCGUUCGAACCCCUGCUGGGGAGAUUUUUAUGAAGCCUGCUGACUUGAUGCGAGCAGUGGUGCCUGUCUUUCCUCCCUCGGAAUCAGAUCGGGUUAGAGAAGGAUUUCUAAGAGGGGAAAGGGUAUCAGGGGAGCUACAUUGUGCUCCUUCAAAUUUUUUCAUGCUUUUUGACACCAACAAUGAUGGACUUAUCUCUUUUGCAGAGUACAUCCUUCUCGUUACAUUGCUGAAAAUCCCAGAUUCCAGCUUCUCAGUAGCGUUCAAGAUGUUUGACCUUGACAAUAACGGAGAAAUAGAUAGAGAGGAAUUUAGCAAAUUAAUGGCUUUGAUGCGAGCUCAAACCAGAGAAGGGGCUCAGUGCAAGGAUGGACGUCGUCUUUGGCCAAAAGCAGUUUCAACUGAAAAUGGAGGCCUUCUUGAGUAUUUCUUUGGCAAGGAUGGGAAGACUCCUCUUAGACAUGAAAGAUUUGAUCAAUUUCUUAGAGACUUACAUAAUGAAAUUCUGUGGCUGGAGUUCUCCCAUUACGACCACAAAUCUCAGGGAACAAUAUCAGCUAAAGAUUUCGCCUUGUCAUUGGUUGCAUCUGCUGAUAUCAACCACAUAAACAAACUGCUUAAUCGGGUUGACAAAAUUGAAACCGAACCAAGACUCGCCGACAUCCGUAUUACAUUUGAAGAAUUCAAAGAAUUUGCAAACCUCCGUAAGCAGUUGCAGUCUUUCUCAUUGGCUAUCUUCAGUUAUGGAGAAGUCAAAAGUUCAUUGACCAAAAUGGAUUUUCAGAGGGCUGCAUCUCAGGUAUGCGGAGUCUCGGUUACAAACAAUGUAGUUGACAUAAUAUUCCAUGUGUUCGAUGCAAAUUGUGACGGACGUUUAAGUGUAAAUGAGUUUCUUACAGUUCUACAGAGAAGGGAAGGUGACAGCUCUGAAGGAGGCUACAGGGGAUUGAUAUCUUGUUGGUUGAACUGUGCGACUUGCUCAUCGGCUAAGCUUCCUUUCCUAACGAAAUUAGCUAACACAUGACUGUCAGUUUUAAGUCACAAUAGUUACACAUGAUCUGAUAUGUUUGGGGGAUUGGAAAACCACUACAGAGCAGGAAUCUAACUCAGCCUAGUCUUUACUACUGAUAACUAUUUUGUGCCCUCACUAAUUAAGUUGCAGGUGACUUUGUCAGCACAGUAAUAAGAUAGUGCAUAGUCUUUGUAUAUGUAUAAAGAUAAUGUUGUUGUUCAUGCCUUGCUGCUUAAUAUGUAGAUAGUUAUUUUCUGUUAAUAUGAACAAUAAUCUUGUAUUCUUUUACCAAGUAAAUUCUGUAGGAAUAAAUGACCAUGUUGAUACAAAAAUUCUAAUAAUAAUAAAUGGGAUUUACUUUGUUGGCCUUAAA